AUGGCCGCCCGCGCUCCCUACAUCGUGCCCGCGCUCAAGAAACACACUGCCACGGUCAUCAUGGCCCACGGCCUGGGUGACAGUGGUGCCGGAUGGAUGGCCCUCGCUCAGAACUGGCGCCGCCGCGGCAUUUUCGAAGAGGUCAAAUUCAUCUUCCCGAAUGCGCCCUCUAUCCCCAUCACAGUGAACAUGGGCAUGAGCAUGCCUGGCUGGUACGAUAUCUCCAACCUCGGCAGCGACCUCCGCUCCCAAGAUGAGCCCGGUAUCCUGCGCUCCCGCGAAUACUUCAACAGCCUCGUCAAGGCAGAGAUGGACUCGGGCAUCCAGUCAUCGCGCAUUGUGCUGGGUGGAUUUUCGCAGGGCGGCGCCAUGUCCGUUUUCACCGGGUUGACGAGCGACAAGAAGCUCGGUGGUGUCUUUGGUCUUUCGUGCUACUUGCUGCUUAGCGAGCAGAUUAAGAAGUUUAUUCCGGAGCAGUGGGCGAAUAAGGAUACGCCUUUCUUCCUUGCCCAUGGUGAUCAGGAUGAUAUUGUUAAGCAUGUGUUUGGGAGCAAGUCUGCUGAGAAGCUCAAGGAGCUUGGUGUGACUGAUGUUGAGUUUAACACUUACCCUGAUCUCGGUCACUCGGCUGAUCCCCUUGAGGUCCAUGACCUCGAGAAGUUCCUUGGGAAGGUUCUGCCUCCCCAGGAGAGCCAGUCUUCUGGCCUAUGA